AGCAGGAACAUUUCCAGGGCUCUCGAAGGUAACCACAAGGUGGGACUCCUGGAAGGAAGGCGCAGACGGCAGGAAGUCACGAUGCAGAGAAAGGGACAUUCGGGUGGCUGGAGCAUUUGUUUUGAAGGAGGCUGAGGAGGAUGGAGGAAGGUGUUGACUUUAAAAUGAAGACCAUAGAAGUAGAUGGCAUCAAAGUGCGGAUACAGAUUUGGGACACAGCGGGGCAGGAGAGAUACCAGACCAUCACAAAGCAGUACUAUCGACGGGCCCAGGGAAUAUUUUUAGUCUACGACAUCAGCAGCGAGCGUUCUUACCAACACAUCAUGAAGUGGGUCAGUGAUGUGGACGAGUAUGCACCAGAAGGUGUCCAGAAGAUCCUUAUAGGCAAUAAAGCUGAUGAGGAGCAGAAACGGCAGGUGGGAAGAGAGCAAGGGCAGCAGCUAGCUAAGGAGUAUGGCAUGGACUUCUAUGAAACAAGUGCCUGCACCAACCUCAACAUUAAAGAGUCUUUCACGCGUCUGACGGAGCUGGUGCUGCAGGCCCACCGGAAGGAGCUGGAUGGUCUCCGGACGCGUGCCAGCAAUGAGCUGGCCCUGGCAGAGCUGGAGGAGGAGGAGGGCAAACCUGAGGGUCCAGCGAACUCUUCAAAAACCUGCUGGUGCUGAGGGACCUGCGUGGGGCGCCCCACACGGACCCCGUGCCUCGGGAGGCUGGUGGGCAGACAAGGAGCCUGGGCUCUGCCUGCUGCUGCCCUCUCCUUUGAUGACCUGUUGAAUCAGUAGCUGCUCCUCUCCCCGCCUGGCCCUGAGAGCAGCUCUGCUGUCAUCUCUGAGCAGCGUCUGUCCCUGGCCCCUCCCCUGGAGUGGCCUCCUUCAGCCCAUUCCCCAGCCAUAGGCCCGCUGUAACCCCACGGUGUGCUGCGAGCAGUAUCUCCUGCCCCGAGCUCCCUGGACAGUGGCUGAGACUGGAGUGGAGACCAUGAAAAGGCUCCUCCGUUCUCAGUGCGUCUUGUCUCUGCUUUCUCUCUCCUUCCCACUUUCUCCAGCCCUCCCUCCAGCGUGUUUGUACUGAGCCCCUCCCAUGCUCGGCCUGUGUUCUGCUGUGCGGCUGCUGGAGCAGCUCCUUCCUUCUAACCCUGACUAAGGGACUGGGCCUAGGCUCAUGGGCAGUCUCAGCUCCUGCCCCAGGGAGGACCCCACCCUGCUCUGGGCUGGGCCAAAGGCUAAGGGUGCUUCUCCUCCCCACCCCACUGCCCCUUCCUGUGCCAUGGGCCUGCCUCCCCAAGGACCUUGGAGGUAGGAAGGAAACGCCAUCUGGUGGUCGUUGAGCACAGGACUGUCCUGCCUCUGCCUGCUCCCCCUAUCUAAGCUUUGGCCUUGCUCAGUAGCCCCCCUGCCUCUGUGGGGAACUGAGCUCAGAGGCAGUGCUUCAGAGAAGAGGAGAAAAUGAUAGGGGUGGCAGGGAUAAAGAGUCACCUCCAUUGUCUACCUCUCAUGCAGCAUGUACACAACUUCUCUUCACCUGGGCUCCUGAAUGUCAAGUGGGUACCAAGGCUUAAGGGUGCCACAGAGGCAAGGAGAGCCCUGGGGGUGGUGACGUUUGUCAAGCCAACUACAUAUGCCAGAAAAAGGAGGGCUUAGAAGUGAAAGCCUAGCUCCUAGAUGUCAGAGCAAGGGCAAGCAGGCCCAGGACAGCACAUUGCAAAGCAGAGGGGUUGUGGUAGCAAAAGGCUCCUUGGUCUUCUCUUCCUUGCUCGGGUAAGAACUUUUCCCUAAACUCCCUGGCAGAGAUGAGAGGUAACAUAAACAUGCCAAUUUACUGAACCCAGCCUUCGACAAUCAAGGUUUUCCUGGGCCCCAGUCACUGUGAGAGGAGGGCAAGACUUCAUGGGAAGAGAAAGAUGGCCCUGGUGCUGUUCUCUUCAGCCUUCAAGACAAAGUGCUUGAGAAAAGUGCCAGCUUGCACUGUGGCUACCAGGGCAUGGAGGAGGACUCCCUCCUCCUGAGUUUUAUGUUCAAGUUUUUUCCACCCCAGGAGCCCAAGAAGAGCUUGAAGGAGACUUUUGAAAGGCCUCUUUCAAUUACCAGCCCUGCUUGGGUUCCUGCUCACCUUCCUGAGGUGGGAGAAGCCCAGGAAAGAGAAUUGUUCCUCAGUCGCACACUGCAUGGCUGGGGCUGGAGCCAAAAGAAAGAACUGGGCACUGAGCAUUUCUGCAAUCAAGAACCCACAUCAGGGCACCACUUCCUCAUUCCUCCAAAGAAGGAGGUGAAGAUAAAAUCACUGGACACUUCCUCCUGGCUCUUACCAAACCAUGGGGUAGCCAGCAGGAGAGGGUGGCUCAGGGUUUAGGGUGAGGAAGAGGUGAGCACGGUGGAAGGAAAGCGCAGGAAUAGAAAUAAGUCCUUGGCAGGUGAGAGACUUAGAGCUGAUGCGUUAGGAUGAAGCCAUGAUUGUCUGCGGCUGCUUCCUUGAGGACUGACUUGUGCAGCCCUGUGCUGAAGGUGAGCAGGGUGGUGAGCAAUCCUGUUUGCUCUCAGCUGGGGAGCUGAGAAAGAAGUUACAUUAUGCACUGGAGGCCCACCUGUGGGCCAGUGUCAUUCUUUCCCGGAGAUAGGCAGAGCACUGCUGUCUUUUUCUCCUAGCCCCUUCAGGAAAGAAGGGCUAUAUUUUUAUUGUACCCUAAGGGUUCUGGAAGGCAAAACAUGGACCAAUGAGCCCUCUCCGUGAGGGCCAAGCUGGGAACAGGUAUGGGAGCAAAAACAGGGCUGGGAUUUUACUCAUCAGGAACCAGAGUUGGCCUCUCCUGCACUCUUGUCUAGGAGGUGGCUGGGCUGUGUCAUUUGGCUUAGACUGUUGCAGGCAUUCCUGGCCUGUUUUCUUGUCACCGCCUCUGCCCCUAUGUCUUGGGACUCAGCCCAGCCCCUGGAUACCAUCUGCUCCUGAGCCCUACCAUCUCUCUGUGACAGGUGAACUUUGUGUACUGUGUCUUGGGUCCAUUAUAUGAAGUGUGAGCAGGGUUCAUCUAUUUUAAACACAGAUGUUUACAAAAUAAAGAAUACUUCAAACCACAGGUGUGGCUGCCUGUAUU